AGCCACCGCCCAGUGUUGGAGAGAACCCAGGCACCUGCGGACGCUCUUUUGCACCGAGCCUGUUCUGUCGCCGAUCCACCUGGGGAGAAGCCACUUGGGAGGCAGUCUGAGAGACGCGCGAUGCGGAGCCCCUGGCAUCUGUGCGCACUGGGAGCUGUCCUCCUCUGCAGCGCCGGGGGCGAGCUGCUCGAGGAGGGUAGCAACGACAGGCCCAUCAUUGGAGUACUGGCACAAGCUAACCAUAUGAGUAAUUUCAAAGAAUAUGGAAAGUAUUACAUUGCUGCUUCAUAUGUAAAAUAUCUGGAGUCUGCAGGUGCAAGGGUCAUGCCAAUCAGAUUAACGCUUUCAGAUGAAGAAUAUGAGAAUCUCUUCCAGUCUAUCAAUGGGAUACUUUUUCCUGGUGGAGGGGUCGAUCUUCAGACUUCAAAAUAUAGCCAAGUAGCCCAACUGUUUUAUGACAAGGCCUUGAAGGCUAAUAAUGAAGGAGAUUAUUUUCCCAUUUGGGGAACAUGCCUUGGAUUUGAAGAGCUUACUGUCUUGACCAGUGGGAAGUUAUUACUAACUUCAACCAAGACUAGUGGAAUUGCUUUGCCAUUAAACUUUACCGAAGCUGUAAGUGAAAGUAGGAUGUUCCAGAAUUUCCCUAAGGACUUAUUAGAGGCAUUUGCAACAGAACCCCUAACUUCAAAUUUUCAUAAGUGGAGCCUUUCCUUGAAGAAUUUUACUAUGAAUAAGAAGCUAAGUGAGUUUUAUAACAUUUUAUCUACAAAUACAUAUGAAAACAUUGAAUUUAUCUCCACGAUGGAAGCAUAUGACUACCCUAUUUAUGGUGUCCAGUGGCAUCCAGAGAAGAGUGUUUUUGAAUGGAAGAAUUUAACGGGCAUAGUCCAUACACCAAUGGCUAUUAAAACUUCAUUCUACAUGGCAUACUUCUUUGUAAAUGAAGCUCGAAAAAGCCACCACCAUUUUGCAAGUGAAGAUGAAGAAAGUAAGGAACUGAUUUAUAACUACAAUCCUGUUUUCACUGGGAAUGGGUCUUUAUUUCAGCAGUGCUAUUUUUUUGAUUGAAUUUUGCUAGAACCACAGUGAUUUGUUAAUGGAAUCAUUAAAGUAUUGUUAUUCAUGUCUAUGGCA